GGGAAACCGUUUUAAGAGCUGCACAAUGAUUACAGCUACAAUUUCAACAGAGGGUGGAAAACAGAUGGAAAUAUAUCAGGUGUUGCCAUGUUCCCCCUCCUCGGUAGUUGGGUCACAACAACAAUCGAUUACUUUCUCAGCAGUUAACAUUUUCCUCUCCAUCGCAACAUUUGUUGGAAAUUUUCUAAUCCUUGUUGCCCUUAACAAAGAAUCUUUCCUUCAUCCACCGUCCAAACUCUUGUAUCGUUGUCUGGCUACAGCUGAUCUGUUGGUGGGUGUUGUUAACCAGCCUCUCAUUGCUACUUAUUGGAUUUCCUUGAUUAACGAACACUGGAGUCUUUGUCGAUACGCAAGGGGUGCAGUCUUCAUAUCAAGUAUUGCACUAUGCGGGGUAUCUUUGUUGACGUUGACGGCCAUAAGCGUGGACAGACUUCUCGCUCUGUUGUUAGGAAUAAAAUACAGACAAAUAGUAACUCUAAAGCGCACAUUUAUCAUUACAGCUACUUUUUGGAUUUUACCCGUCGCCACUGGAUCAUUUUCCAUUUCUCAUUCUCGAAUAACGACUUGGUAUUGUAUUAUACUUAUACCGUCAUGCUCAGUGAUCUCAGUCGCCUCGUACACAAAGAUUUUUCGCGUUCUAAGACAUCGUCAGUCUCAAGUACAUGGUCAUGUUCAACAACAGCCGAGUCAAACAACUGCUCUAAACGUGGCAAGAUACCGAAAGGCAGUGAGCAGUGCACUGUGGGUGCAGUUAGCAUUAGUUGUUUGUUUUAUACCAAAACUUACGACGCUGCUGCUUGUGAUGUAUAGCAAAACUUAUUCUUCAAAUGUAGUCGUUAUCGAUGGAAUUGCCUAUACUUUAAUGUAUUUUAACUCCACUUUGAACCCGUUUCUUUACUGCUGGAAAAUCAAAGAAGUGAGGGAAGCAGUAAAGCAGACAAUCCGACAAGCACUUUGCUUUCCAUGGAGUUAGAUAUAAUUUCUCGGAGUCGUCAGACUUGCAUUAAUCAGGCGUAAUUUGAAGGGACAGAGAAAAAAAGAUAGAAUGAAACAAACACGAUUUUUCAGCAUCUACUGUGUUCUAGAUGCUUUAGUGUUUGCGUAUUUAUGCUGAUAAAUAUCACAUAAAAACAGAGUACCAUUGUUUAUUAUUCUAACCCCGACGGUAGAAAGAAAAAUUGAAAGGCAGAAUACAUAUCAACCAGAUGCCGAGAGGUGCUAUCUGUUUGACUUUCCUCAGAUAUACUGUAUGGCGGGGCCUCUGCAAACUCACUGCUUGUUUUCUUCCCAAAUCAUAAAGCUGUCUUCUUGAAAUUGAUUUUGUAAGCCAUAUAAUAACAACGCGCUAUUGUACGAAAGAAAAUUUGAAGAGCAAGAAAAAAUAAGAUAACAUUGACACAUAUUGAACAAAUUAAAAGGAAAAUUCGAAACGAAUAGUCGGUACACAUCAAGUUAGGAUGCGGAAAAAGAGAAAUGCGGAAUU